AUGACAAAAUAUCCUAUUAUAAAUGCAACCCCACAACCUCCUACCCAAUUGCUGACAAUUGAUGACAUCUUCCCAAAACCCAACGAGCCUCCACAACUGGAAGUCCUUCGAAAUCAUCUCUUUGGUGAGGGACGGCUAACUGAGAAGGCAGCAUUGAAGAUUAUUGAAGAAACGGCAGCGAUUCUCAGAAGCGAAAACAAUCUAAUAGAACUCGAGGCUCCUAUUACUGGGUCACUCUAA